AUGGCCAACACGAAGUUUUGGGGUGGUUUAUUCCUGGUUUUUGUGUGGAGUGCACUUACAGUGGAUUUUCGAACACAAUUAUCACUCAAUGACACAUUUAUACAUCUCAUAAUUAUCAAUAUAUUCCUGAUUCUUCUUAUACAUCCACCAGAGGAAUUUAUAACAGGUUAGUGAAUUUAUUUUCAAAAAAAACAUAGUUAUUGAUAAAUUUCAGCAUUGGACCUGAGUUUGGAAGGAAUUAUAAAAUGUUUCAAAGCAAAUUCAAAAUUCCUGGAAUACGCUUGCUUCAGAAUUUUGUGCUAUCAAACAUCUCUUUUCCUAUUUCCACUUGCAAAUUCUGCAUAUUUUCUUCAUGGCCAAUAUUUUACAAAGGGAAAUGUUAGAAGAUUUCAUUCAAGAAUAGAUUACCCAAUUGUAUAUUCAACCAUAUUUAUAGGAAGUUUAAUAGGUAAGUGAAAGAUAUUAAAUUACGUUUUAUCAAAAAAAAAAAAACAAAAAAGUUACAGGAGCGAUUGGAUUCUUCAUUUUCAACUAUGACUUCAGAAAUUGGAGAUUUUUCAAAAUUUUUCAAAAUAUUCAAGAUGAGGAAGCUGACAAUUUUGACACAUUGAACUCUAGAAUUAAUUGGAGAAACUCAUAUAUGAUUAAUAUAUCAAGUAAGUUUUUCUAGAACUCUCUAUUAAACUAUCAUAUUCUUUUCCAGAAACAUUGAACAAAGCAAUCUACCUAGAUGAACAAUAUUUUUUAUAUGUCACAAAUUUUUCGCUAGUUGUUAGUCGUGUUAGUGAUGUCACGAUAACUGUGAUAGAUGUUAGGAUGCAUACACUUCGAGAAGAAGAUCAAGAUGAGAGAAAUCAAAUCAUCAAAGUGAAUAUAUCAUUUGCGGAUGAGAUAUCUGAACCAAUAACAUUAGCGCUUCGCGGAUCAAUAUUUCAAGAAAUCUACAAUCAACAUAUUUUGCGAAUCAGUGUCCCGGAAAAUAUUCAACUUCAACCAAACAUCGCUGACCGUUUUAUUGUUGCAUUUUCAUCGCGGGUGAAAGAGAACCAAAUUUGUCGAGGAAAUGAAGAACUCGAAUCAUGUUUCGGAUGCGGUGGAAAUGGUAACCAAGUUGUUCUUCGAAAAAAAUGUGAUAAUCAUGGAGAUGAAGUUUAUGAAAAUAUUGUUGGAGAAAUAAUCGAUAUCCCACCUUGCGAAGAAUGUCGAUGUCGACCAAUGUGGUGUGUUUCUUGUAUGGCUAGAGUGUUUUUAGCGAAACAACCAAAAGUUGAAAAACAUCGAUGGAUGCAAGGUGUUGCGAAUUGCCCAACUUGUCGGUUAGUUUUUUUUGGUGGAUUUGAGAACAGGGUCCCAGUGAUAUCAUUUUGAGUCUGACCGAAAUCGGGUAGAGUUGCCGCUUGUGGCCUGAAACCCUUGUAUAGGAUCAAAUCUGAUCCUCAGUCAGGAAAUAAAACAAUUUUAAGUUUCAUCAGGGGCUACACUCAACUCAAAUGUUUCAUAUAAGUAAUUUUAUUUUUUCAGAAAAACAUUCUGCAUCAAAGAUGUCCAAUUGUAUGAAAAUAUUGUAUGA